AUUGACAUUUCAACUCCGCGGCGGAUCCGAAUGUAAUCUGGACCCAUAACUUUAUCUUGAUUUGUUCCAGUGACAAUUUGGAGGGUGAAGGAGCGAGUGCUGGUAUCAGCAGGAUAUCGGUCAGAGGUCUGCGCCCUCUACAACCUACAUCAGGGAUAUCCCUUCCGUCUCCGCUGAAGAUCACUGGAAAACUAUUGUUUCCUCUUACUGAAAAACCACCACAAUAAGACCGCCCUGAAUUUGUUCUCUUUCUGUGGCACGGAGAACUAUUUGACAAGGACUUUUGACAGCGGCGCAGGAUGCCUCAAAAAGGGAGACAUUAAGAUUGGCUAAAUUGUUUUAAGCCGAGAGUCAACUCUUUUUCCAGAAUACCACAGCCAAGCCACGUGGGAGUCUGGCGUAGCCUCGAUGAUGCAGAACAAGGUCUAUGACAUCUGUGAUGAAGGUCACAGCGGUGUGAACCAGCUGGGCGGUGUGUUUGUUAACGGUAGACCGCUACCGGACACCACCAGGCAGAAAAUCGUCGAACUUGCUCAUAGUGGCGCGCGGCCGUGCGACAUCUCCAGGAUUCUGCAGACCCAUGAUGACUCAAAAGUCCAAGUGCUGGAAAAUGAAAACGUGUCCAACGGGUGCGUGAGUAAGAUCCUUGGCAGAUACUAUGAGACUGGCUCCAUAAGACCGAGAGCGAUCGGAGGCAGCAAGCCGAGGGUAGCCACUCCAGAGGUGGUGGGGAAGAUAGCGCAGUACAAGAGGGAGUGCCCGUCUAUUUUCGCCUGGGAGAUCCGCGACAGACUGUUGUCGGAGGGGGUCUGCACCAACGACAAUAUACCCAGUGUAAGUGCAGUGAGUGUGUCAUCGAUAAACAGAGUUCUCCGCAACCUGGCUAGCGAGAAGCAACAGAUGGGCGCAGAUGGCAUGUAUGACAAGCUGAGAAUGCUCAACGGUCAGACAGGAACUUGGGGGACACGGCCCGGCUGGUACCCCGGAACUUCAGUGCCAGGGCAGCCCAACCAAGAUGGCUGCCAGCCACAGGACGGUGCAGGAGAGAACACCAACUCCAUCAGUUCGAAUGGGGAGGAUUCUGACGAGACGCAGAUGCGACUCCAACUAAAGAGGAAACUACAGAGAAACCGCACGUCGUUCACCCAAGAGCAGAUUGAAGCACUGGAAAAAGAAUUUGAAAGGACUCAUUAUCCUGACGUUUUCGCGAGGGAAAGACUGGCAGCGAAAAUAGAUCUGCCUGAAGCCAGAAUACAGGUGUGGUUCUCAAACAGAAGAGCGAAGUGGAGGCGGGAGGAGAAGCUCCGGAACCAGCGUCGUCAGGCCAGCAACUCCUCCAGUCACAUCCCCAUCAGCAGCAGCUUCAGCACCAGCGUCUACCAGCCCAUGCCUCAGCCCACCACACCGGUGUCCUUCACAUCUGGGUCUAUGUUGGGCAGACCUGACACGGCCCUCACCAACACGUACAGCGCACUGCCUCCCAUGCCCAGCUUCACCAUGGCCAACAACCUGCCUAUGCAACCCAGCCAGACCUAUUCCUGCAUGCUGCCUACCAGUCCGUCUGUGAAUGGGCGGAGCUACGACACAUAUACGCCCCCUCAUAUGCAGGCACAUAUGAACAGCCAAUCAAUGACCACUUCUGGUACCACCUCAACAGGACUCAUCUCUCCUGGAGUGUCUGUCCCUGUCCAAGUCCCAGGCGGCGAGCCUGACAUGUCUCAGUACUGGUCAAGACUACAAUAGAGAGAAGAGCUACUUCUCCCUGUAACUGUUCACCCACCACCCUCUGCUGGGAGCUCACACACACAUGGAGAGAAGUGGAGGAGAGAGAGACUCUGGGAGUGCCCUAGGACUACAGGGUGUGGUUGUUUCCACUGGGACCGUGUGUUGUUGUUCUGUAGUCUUGGCACAUAUGAGGACUGGGGAGAACAACGAUGGGAAGAGAGGGGGAAGAAGAAGACAAAACGUGGACCUCUGUAAAGUGCCCGGUGUUUAACAUUUUCAUGGAACAAAAACUUCAUUUUUUUUCUCACUUUUCAAGUAAUUGUUUCUUUUUUUCUGUCUGUCUCUUGUGUUUGUAUAUGACCGUGUGUAUGUUAUGAUGAAAAACCCAGAUCAAGUACUGAUAGAUGGACUGCUAGAAAACCAUGUUGGUCUUGUGUUUGUUUUUGAGGUAAAGGAGAACCCAAGAGAUUUCUGCCAUGACUAUUUUUUUAUCUGCUUACAUGGAGACUUUCUACCAGACUUUGCACGGUCUGUGGACUCAUACGAAACUGUUGCAUAUCACCGAGAGGAGAGCUGUGGGGAAUAGACUCAGUGUGUUUAUUAAACCUAUUUAUUGGUCAUACUCCUUCAAAAUGGCCGUCAGCAGAGGAGGACCUCCAGUCAAUCCACCCACCUCAGCCUUGGGUCUUUGACUCCUGCAAUAUCACACAAACUGUAUAGGCCUGGAUAUUUCACUGUGGUCACAGACAACCACAUUAUCACAGGAAUUGUACAGACAACCACCACUAACAGUUUGCAAGGACAGUGGGACAUUCAAGACUUGUUCAUGGACUUCUGCUGUGGUGGAUGGAUUGAUUCUAGGUUCAAGACUUGUUCAUGGACUUCUGCUGUGGUGGAUGGAUUGAUUCUAGGUUCAAGACUUGUUCAUGGACUUCUGCUGUGGUGGAUGGAUUGAUUAACGGUCCAAGUGAAGAGCUAUAGAUGCAGAGGAGCUGUGGAGUAAAACAGUUGAAUCGCUAAAUGGUAGACUGUGUCUUCGAUAUAAUCCAAUUUGUUCAUGUCAAAUUGUAAGUAUGUCUUCCCUAGAAAUCAAAAGAUUUCUCCAAUAAAAGUACAUUUACAUUUUUAUCUC